GUUGUCUGCGUCUGCGACGUGGACUUGUCUUACGAACGGACUCUCUUCACGCUCCUGACGACGGCACCCUGCCUAUAAGAUGCGCAGCCCGUUAUUAAUUGCUCGUUUUGUGUCGUUUUCCGUCCUGGUCUACCUCAACCUGCUCGCCCUUGGCUUCGCGGGAUGGGAGAUCUCGUCUAUGAGGGACGCUGGAUUAUCUGUGUCCGGCUCGCCCAUCUUCAUAAUCUUUAAUGCCUGUGCACUCCUCUAUUUCAUCAUUCUCGCCAGUGCUGAGUUGGUCGUUCCGGGCGCUGGGACGGGGCAAGUCAACUUUGAGUGUGGAUGGACGGGUCUUAUGAGUGCACUGCAGCUUGCGUCCGCAGUUGAUGUUGUCGUUAACGGUCCGCCAGUUUACUGUCGAGUGCAAGCGUAUGAGGCGGUCUGCGCCUCUUCUACCGUGCUUGCUGCCAUCACUUGGACGUCCUCUAUCUUAAUAAUGGUCUAUUUCCUCACGCUCUUCUCUCUCGCGCUCUCCCAUGCGUCUGUUUAUGGAGCAUUCUGGCAAACGACGGUCUACCAAGCCCCCUGGUUCGUCGAGCCAGCCCUUGGGGGAUCUGUAAACAAACCCUCCAAGCCGAAAGAGCCAUGGGAAAACCCCGCGUUUAGCGCUUACGAGGAAGAGGACGAGAAAGAGGAGGAAGAUUUGGGAGAUGUCUCCCUCACACCUCCAGUGGUUGCUUGGGCUCGGAAAUUCGACCUCGAAGGGCUCUAUAUGCCCUCAGCGCCGCUGCGGGCGAAGAGCGUCGAGAGCAUGCGCCCCGCCUGGGCCAAGCGCGUCAACACGCGCCGCGGCAUCGACCCACCCUUCGCGCCGGCGCCGGUCGCCCAGCGUGUCUCGCGGCUCGUGAAGUCAUACUGGAGCGGCACUAGUGCUCCCCCGACGCCCCCGGCUAAAGCCAGCCCCAGCCUGCCUAGGCCAUCGAAUCUUAACGGGGGCUUCAUCGACUGCCACCGGGCAUCUUAUGGGUACUUCCCCGACGAGGUCGCGGACGAAGACCAGCCAAUCGCACAGCCUAAGCGGUGCGAGUGGGUGCAGGCACAUCGGUGAUUAUGAAUGGCCGCUCACGGGCCCGAUUUGAACGAACUAUCAUGGUCAAGUCGACGAAUAUUGUAUCCAUACAUCAUUGUAGUAAUAUCACUGUACCGUAGACACUUUACGUGGAUAAUGAAAGACAUACGCCACAUGCCUGGUUGCUACACGUAGUUGUACAAACCAGAUUCGUUAUCCAACAAGACCUGAUGAUAUGCAGAGUAACUGAGUGACAACAGAUAGAAGCGCAUAGCACUCAGGAUGUUCCCGACACCCCUCCAAGGGAGGAUACGCGCAAACGAAGUGUUUGCAAUUCUUCUUGUGCUUGGCGGAGAGCAAUCAACGCCCGGUCACGCUCCCGCCGUGUCUUUGCGAGCGUCUUAGCGUCUUCUUCCUCCAGCUCUCCUGCGCUUACGGCGAUCCCUCCAACCAAUUUGACCAACCGCCAGAGACGGAGAAUGAUAAGCAGGCCGGCAAGCUCCCGCUCGCGACCCCGGAGGACAAUCUCAAGGACGAAUGUGCCCACGAUGACAAGGGCAUCGAACAAAUGGAGGCCGGCAUGGGGGACGGGACCUAGCGGAUUGUAGUGCGCAAAGCCCAUCGCCCAUAAGGUGACGGGGAUUUCAACCAAGAACAGAGUCGUGAUCCCUAGGGAGAUGUGGGAGAGGACGUCGAGCCAGACGGGCGCAUCAGGGCCCUCGACGGGCGUGCAGGUGUCCGACAGCACCGUGUAUCCGAGAUCUGCCAGGACACACAUCGAGUCUGUGAGGACCUGUGGACGACAGAUGGUAGUCCCACCCGCUUGAGAACGGCUGUCAGAGCGAGACGUAGGGCGGGAGAGAUACGCGCCAGAAGUAUGACGGUAUAGUGCCAUGGUUUGGACUCGAGCCUCUCUGCCGUCCUCUCCUGCCACACCGCGAUCGUGCCUUUCUUAUCGCGUUCGUCGAUGUUGCCGCCCUCUACAUCUGAGUCUCCGGUUCCAGAAACGUCGUCAGAGAGUAGCGGUUGUUGCUCAGACAUGAUUAAUGUGCGCAGGAGAUGUGAGGCAGUGCCGG